GUGAAGUGAAUAUCUUUUCCUUGUUCCCCCACUUUGAUUCCAUGGAUCGUCAGUUCACCUGCCACCUGCAGUAUGUGCCCCCACCUCAGCUGUACAGCAUCACCUACAGUGUAAGGGCGCCCAGUAUUAACUUCAACACUACCCCUCAACAUUUCACCAUCACACCCAGCUCCAGGUUUGAUCAUGAAAGGAGAUUAUCCAACUUUGACUUCAUGAGUGCUCUGCAUGACACCCGACUGAAGCUGGAGGAGGAGCUGGUGCUCAGUGGGGAUCAUAUAGAGUUGACACACUACCAUGACAGUCUGAUGAAACCAUACACAGUUCGAGAACUGAAGACACCCAGUGAUUUAAAUAAGCAGAAAACUUUCACCCAGAACUUUGCUUCCAAGUCAUCCUACAUCCAGUUUGAGCGACCAUUCUUGUACAGUUCGUUAACGUGGUACAAGGAUGGUUGUUACAAAAACGUUUCCGAGAUUUACCCGAACCAGACUAUCCAUAGAGAAGACUUCAUUCCGGUUAUGGCCAGGAAAAACAUCAUUGAGUUGCAGCCAAACAAAGCUUUGUUCAGAAAUAGAGAGUUCUCCUACCAGCUGUACCAUCGAGACAGAGCACCAUAUAUCAAGUUCUAUGUUGAAAGGGGGAAGUCAGUGUUACAGCAUCUCCAAGGGACAUCAGUCAAAGGGAAACUUGUGCCUAGCAGUUUGUAUGGGAGAGUUUCCUGGCACCAUGAAACAUCAACAUGGAAACUGGUCUUUUCUGCGACACAAAGUGAAUGUCCCUCCGUCAUCAGUCUAAAAAUCUUCACCCAACUCAUGACCGGCUGUGCUGGAUACUUUGACCUUCUGGUCAACUGCCCCAAGGACUUUACUGUGACCUUCAACUUCUCAACUGGAAUGAGUGACCUCCCCGACAUCUUUAUUCUACAGAUCAAUGAUUCGGCCACUACUCACAACAUGGUGCUGUCAUCAGUAUAUCCUCCACUUUAUGUUGAUGAGGUCAACACAAGAACUAAUGGACAACAUGAUGAAGGUUUCUUUACAAGGGAACACAGUAACAGUUUUGUGAAUAUCUGGAUACCAAUUAUUAUCGUGGUAACAUUGACACUUUUUCUUCUGAUUAUCAUCUACUUUUCACACAAGUGCAUCAAUUCAAGGGUAGAAAAGGUUGAUGUGACCUUUCAUGGAAAUCACGAAGGAGAAACUGUUGCCUUGAAUAACCAGCGAGAAGAGGUGAAUCAAACAGUUAUAGCUACCGGUGCCAGACCGCAACCAAAAUGUUACAUCUUUGUGUUUGUAGUUCUGUACAUCAUCUACUCCCUAGUGUUCACUUUUAGUGUUACAUUUAGCAUCAUAUACUUCUCACAUUCGUCAAUGUGGGCCAACUUAACCAACUCAGAGCAUCUAGGGAAAGAGCUGCAUUUACAGGUCAAUAAGUCUUUACACGAUAUUCAAAAGUUUGAAGAGAAAGAAAGGCUUCGAUUGUUUACUUCCUACCAAGAAAGGAGAAAGGCUUGUAUGCAUCAUCUUGAACAUGAAAACAAGAAACUAUUACAAGAUUAUGAAAUCACUACAAGGGAACAGGUAAACGCCAUUUUUGUUGAGAAUGGCACCUUGCAUUAUUUCACAAAUGAAAUUCAAAAGCAGAACAUAUCUGCCUAUCUGCAGCAAAUUCACAGUUUUGUCACAGAUUGUAACAAAACAUUACAUUCAAUUGUAGACAGGUUCCAGGCGAAUUAUUUUCAGUUUAUUCGUAACACGGCUAACAGUGAUUGGCUGAAAGUUCCUCGCCAGAUUUUUCUUCAUCAGGAUGGUGAAGAUCCAAAUAUGAAAUAUUUAUCUUCUACUCAAGUCAAACAAUUUGCUUCAUGGCUUGAGAUAGACAAAAAUGAAGAGCUCUUUGCAGUCAGGGAAAAUGUUUUUGGCAGGCUGACAAAUAUUCCAGUGCCUCAUGUUUCCACACCUGACAUUACAUUUCCAUCCCUGCAUCCGCAAUUUCAACAGGAACUUCCUGAAGUGGAACUCCAUCAUCACUGGUACAGUGUCCUGGAACCUUUAUUGACUGAAGCCUCAGCAUCUGUCAACUCUUCAACAAACACAUCAAGUCCAGCAGAUUUGCAGCGUUCAAGAAGGGAUGCAGAGAUGUUUGGACUGAGUGGGAAUCUAAAGCAUAACCCAGAUAGUAAUACUUUUCCAAAUAACAGACGUGGUGGCAAAGAUAACUCAGCAUUUAGAAACAGUUCUAGCUUUAACAAAAAUAUAAGUUAUAAACCAAAUCCGCACAAACAGACAGGAAGUGUAGAGGCUAUUCAUGAUUUGGAUGACUUCCACAAGCUUGAUAUGGACGUAAUCAGUGUUGAAGAAGAUGUUGCAUUUACCUCGGAUAUGCUUCUAGAUGAACCACACAUGACUGAAGAUCUCAAGUCUGAGUCACAUUCAUCAUCAGAAUCAGAUUCUGAAUCCACAAACAAUAAUAAAUUCUACAUUCUGAUUGCAGCAUUUCUUAUACUAGAUGUGGUGUUGUGGGUUUAUCGAAUCUCCUGGCUCAGCAGCCAGCUUUAUGCAGCCCGUCACGGGUAUGCUGACAGAAUUCCAACUGACGAGACGUGCAAGCAAGUUCUGGAAAUACAGACUGCUUACCAUCUUCCAGCCUUUGAAAAUCCACAUGAUGAUUCCUCGGGAUAUUAUGUAGAUGUGAAAGAAUCGCUUUAUGUUUCCGACAGGGAGAGCGAUAUGACGUUUUUACAAACUUUACCCACUCCCAAAUCUAAAGAUGACAUUCUUCAGAAAAUCUGGAAUGAAAAGAUGAACAAAAGUGAGGAUCGUGCAGUUGUGAGAAUGCAGAAGUGCUUUCUGGUACGAUGGUACGGGGAUUUGCGAAGAGUGUUGAACAGAAUGUUCCUGUCCCAAUUAAUGUGGCAGGGUUCAGUCACAUUUCUUGCCAUUAGUUUCCUCUGUGUGUUUGUUUACUGUGUGGAACUUUGGCUGACGGCAGAAAACUUUCAAACUCUAGUGGGAGGACAGUCAGCUGCGGCUGAUGUCCAGUGGUACCUGGACACUAGUGACCGCUACCUCCAUGGGCUUGCCCAGCAACUGACCUUUGAGCUUCAUCGCUUGAAGCAUCUGUGUGACCAUGAAGUAGAUAUGUUGACAGAUAUAUUCUUUAAAACUGUCAGUUUACAGACAUCAAUGUUUACUGCGACUUUGCAAGGUCUUUGCCGUGAAGCCAAAGGAAAGAACUGUGAUAAGAUUUUAGCCUACCAGUCAACAGGCGGUCGAAUAGUCGGCUGCAACUUUCUUCCACUUCAGGCACAGACAUUCCACG